UCCUCAGCCCCACUGCUCAUGGAGAAAGUGCCGGGCGAGAUGGAGAUUGAGCGGAGGGAGCGGAGCGAGGAGCUGUCCGAGACCGAGAGGAAGGCGGUUCAGGAUACGUGGGCCCGGCUAUAUGCCAACUGCGAGGACGUAGGGGUGGCCAUCCUGGUGAGGUUCUUUGUGAACUUUCCCUCUGCCAAACAGUAUUUCAGUCAGUUCCAGCACCUGGAAGAGCCACUGGAGAUGGAGCGAAGCCCCCAGUUGCGCAAGCAUGCCUGUCGGGUCAUGGGUGCCCUCAACACUGUGGUGGAAAAUCUUCAUGACCCUGACAAGGUGUCUUCUGUGUUGGCACUGGUGGGCAAAGCCCAUGCUCUAAAGCACAAGGUGGAGCCUGUCUACUUCAAGAUCCUCUCUGGAGUCAUUCUGGAGGUGAUCGCUGAGGAGUUUGCUAAUGACUUCCCAUCAGAGACACAGAGAGCCUGGUCCAAGUUGCGUAGCCUCAUCUACAGCCACGUGACCGCUGCCUACAAGGAAGUGGGCUGGGUGCAACAGCUCCCCACCACCAACAUUCCACCGGCCACGCUGCCCUCGUCUAGGUCCUAGUGCCCCACUCCCUCCUUUCCCACUCCCUGGCAGCACCUUGAGCAGAAGGCCAAGCUCCAAAGACCAACUUGUCCCUUCGUACCCGGGUGCUGAGGAAGCUGGAAGAAUGGCAAUCAUCUCCAGAGAGUAAGGCUACCACUCUGGCUACCCUCUCGAGCUGCUGGGAGGUGGCCCUGGCCAUCUGGAUGCUGAGUGCAGCUCUGGGGCCCACCUGGUGGGGGCUGUUGGGGAGAGUGGUAGGGGACCUCCCUACAGAGCUGGGCCCACUAUUUGUAGCUUUUCUAUCCUCUGUUAGAGAGAGACCAGGCUGAGGGGCUGGCGGACAGGCAGGGCAGGGUUUGUAACUCUCUCCAAGAAUAAACGAGCCACUGUUUCUAUCUGCCUGACCAGCAUGUAGGUCUCAACGUGACAUAUCUAUAGUAUCAUACACGCACAUCUACCGCAUAUAAAAAUAUAUUAUACAUACAGUAUAUAUAUACAUUAUAUAUAUAUUUAUAUAUAACCUGUACCUGCAGCUGCAGGCCCUUGGGCCUAGGGGCACAUACUAAAGCCUCUGUUUCUUUUUUUUUUUCUGUUCAUAUAUGUGUUCUGAGGGGAGAGGUUUGUGGCUAGGCUCAGGGGAGGAAGAUAGCUAUGGAGAAAGGUUCCAUGGAAGUAGGGAACCUAAGUUAGCUUGGAAGAGCACAUGAGGCUCAUUAUCCUUGGGAAGGUAAGAUGAGCUCAAACCCAUUUCAAAGAUGGAGAAAGUGAAGUAAGAAGCAGUCCCUUCUUCAGGAUGAGGGCAAGGAGAGAUGACAGCUUGUCCUGAACUUGGUCCCUGCCUCCUCCCUUUGCACCUUCAUACAUAAACACAAUUCUUCUACAAGGGCUUGGCAACUCAUGAACUUUCCUUUCUAGUCAAGUUGAGUUAAUGGUUUUGCUUAUGGUGAGUGUUGAGAGGCUCAGGACAGGUGCGGACCAGAAAUAUGGGACUACCUGGUUAUGCUAGACUGCCCUAGGGGUACAGUGAGCCCUGGGAAUUUAAUUACCCAAGUAUGGCAUUUGGGCAAAACCCCAAAUAUCUAUCCCAGCCUACCUCCCAUCUCCAACAAAAUGAAACCACGGUUAAGGUACAUUUGAAGGUUAUCUCAAGGGGGCUAGUCAUCACUAUGACAACAGACCCAGCAGCCUCAAUACCCAGCUCCCAUGAAAGAAGAACAUGGGAACGUCUGAGAUGGAUGGAUUUCCUUCCAUUUAUGUUCUUAGAACUUUCCUUUAGAUCUGAAGUUCAGCCAAGGAGGAGAGAAGAAGCUUGAGUGACCCCCUCUCCCCACACACCCCUUGUGAUGAGGUGAUCCAACAUCCAUUCCUGGUCUAAGGUUCUAUGACUCUGUCUGUCUUCCUAGGCUAGCCUUGUCUUGGGAUCCCUGUGUUUCCCCCCGGUAAUUUGUAUCUCCCAUAUCAUCCCCGAAGGAAACCUUGCGACUGUGGCUGCUAUACCUGUGUCCCAGCCUCCUGUGAUCACUCCUGUAACUGCCUGUCCUUUUGUAGGUUUCUGAUGUUUGUAACCAGACCCAACUGUAUCAUUAAACAGAGAUGUUCUUGCUGAC